AUGACUACUGAAGGAGCUAGCUUGUAUCCCUCUCUUGAGAACCGCCCUGUAAAGAGCACCGUAUGCCUGUUCGACGUCGAUGGCACUCUGACUCCUGCCAGACAGGGUGUCUCCCCUGAAAUGCUACAGCUCCUCUCUCAGCUCCGACACAAGUGUGCCAUUGGCUUCGAUUGUCCUCCAUUAACGACCCUUUCCAUCGGCCAGGUUGGAGGCUCCGAUCUUGUCAAACAACAAGAACAACUGGCUACUCCAGCUACAAACGUCACAUCCCUAUUCGACUUUUGCUUUGCUGAAAACGGUCUUACGGCCUUCAGACUUGGAAAGCCAAUGUCGAGCAACAGCUUCAUCCAAUGGCUCGGAGAGGAGAAGUAUCAGAAUCUAGUCAACUUCGUACUUGGAUAUCUAUCUAAGUUGACCCUGCCAAAGAAGAGAGGCACCUUCAUGGAGUUCCGAAACGGAAUGGUCAACAUUAGCCCUAUUGGGAGGAAUGCUUGUGUAGAUGAGAGGAAUGAGUUUGAGAAUUAUUCUAUUGGAGGACAAAUCUCGUUUGAUGUCUUCCCCACUGGCUGGGACAAGACCUACUGUCUUCAACAUAUCGAAGCUGAGAAGUCUAUUUCUGGAGUUGAAUAUACUACCAUCCACUUCUUCGGAGACAAGUGCUUUGAAGGUGGAAAUGAUUACGAGAUCUUCAGUGACAAGCGAACCAUUGGUCACUCUGUUUCUGGGCCACAAGAUACCAUGAAGUUGCUUAAGGAGUUGUUUGGUUUGUAA